ACAUUACCUAACCACUUUCUGGUUGGAACGUAGAAGAAGAACAGUUAACCUGGGCGGGCAAACAAGCUCAGCUCUGACGAGGAUGUUGGAGCAGAACAAAUUAACUUCAGGUGGUCCGGCCGAACGGUUCGGUUGAGAGAUGAGUUCGUUUGCGGGUCGGAUGAGGGAGUACCCCAACGUGUCUCUGGACCGGUUCGACAGGGAGAACCUGCACGCCCAGGCUUAUUUCCUUUCCCACUGUCACAAAGACCACAUGAAAGGCUUGAAAGGACCUCUGCUGAAGAGAAAACUGCAGUUCAGUCGAACAGUCAGACUUUACUGCUCCUUUGUGACCAAAGAGCUGCUGCUGAACAAUCCCAAGUACGCUUUCUGGGACGAAUAUGUAGUUCCUCUGGAGCUGGAAAGCCCGACUCAGAUUUCCCUGGUGGAUGAAGCGUCUGGAGAGAAAGAGGAGAUCGUGGUAACGCUGCUUCCUGCAGGUCACUGUCCUGGAUCGGUCAUGUUCCUCUUUGAGGGUCGCCAAGGAAACGUAUUGUACACUGGGGACUUCCGGUUGGCGAUGGGAGACGCGUCCAGAAUGGAGCAUCUUCACUCUGGCAGCAGGGUCAAAGAUAUCCAGAGUGUUUAUCUGGACUCUACCUUCUACGACACACGCUUCUACCAGAUCCCCAGCCGAGAGGUCUGUUUGAAAGGAAUUUCAGAGCUGAUCGGGAACUGGAUCAGUCAGAGUUCGUAUCAUGUUGUGUGGCUCAACUGUAAGGCUGCUUACGGAUACGAAUACCUGUUUACAAACCUGGGAGAUGUGUUCAGCACACAGAUCCACGUCAGCAGUCUGGCCAUGUUCAAGAAGAUGCCAGAGAUCCUGAGCUAUGUGACCACCGACCGCAGAUCCCAGAUCCACGCCUGUAGACACCCGAAGGAUGAGGAGUUUUUCCAGGGCAACAGGCUGCCGUGUGGCUGCACUGCUGUUGACGGGACACCGCUCCGGAUCAUCAGCAUUAAACCAUCGACCAUGUGGUUCGGAGAGAGAACGAAGAAGACCAACGUCAUCAUAAAAACAGGAAGCAGUUCAUACAGAGCCUGCUUCAGCUUCCACUCCUCCUACUCCGAGAUCAAAGACUUCCUGUCCUACCUGCAGCCCGUCAACAUCCUUCCGAGUGUCAUCCCGAUUGGACGCACGCUGGCUGAUGUCUCACAGAUGUUGAGGCUGAUGUGCAGGAACCAGCCUGAUGGAGCAGCGUUCAUAUACAAGCCUCUGGGAGUCCUGAAGCGACGCAGAGUUCAGCGGCUGACUCACGACUCGGGCAGCGAUGAUGAGCUGUUUGAAGGUUUGGAUCUGGCUCCGGUCAGGAAGAAGAUGAGUCUUAACCAGGAACCAGAAAACGAUACGCCGCCUGUGAGAAUAGCGCCCCCUGUGGCCAUGUCAAUACCUCCGCUGGUCUCUGACACGACGUCUGUUGGACAGAACUACUUUGACUGCACUGAGUCCAACGGUGAGGACGACAGCGAUGAGGAUGACGAGGGAAAAGCAGACAUAAAAAAGACGGAGGAAGGAAGAGAUUCACCAAAAUGGGAGGAUUUCUUCACCACAGAGCCGCUGAGUGACAGCCAGAACAGCCAAUCACAUUCCUGCUGCUCCGUUGCAGCCACCACCCCCUCCAGAGAGACUGGAUCACAGACCCCAGAUCUGUUCAGCGAUGAGGACCAAACACCUGACAACGUGGAAACCUUCAGCCUGACCCUGUCCGCCUCACUGUCCAGUCAUUCCUCACAGAACCUGGAAGACACAGUGAUCCUCCACCCACAGACCCAGAAUACCAGUUCUGAUUGUGUCCAAUCAGAACUGGAGGAGCUGCCAGCAUCUCAGGCCUCAUCGGAUUUUGACAUCCCCUCCACGCCAGAGUCGAAGGUGCCGCAGCCGGACGACCUGCUGCAGCUGUACAGGAAGCUGGCAUCAGGAGAGGAAGUGGUCAUCAGAGGAGGUGGUCAGGUUGGGCAUGAAGGAGAUUAACCCUCACGUCUGCAUUAAUGAGUCCAAAACAGGUUUUAAUGUUUCCCCCAAAACCUCUUGGCUGCUUUCAGAGGAAAUACGUUUGAUUCUUAGAGAUAGUGGAUCUAAAUCGGACCUCAGAUGGACAUAAAAGCAAGUUCUAUUCCACCAUGUUGUUUAUUUUACAAAAACAAACCAUCAGUGUAUAAAGGUAAGUACACCCCAUGAUACAGCAGCUCUUAGAACCACUUUUAGCAGCAGUUUCUCAGUAAAGUUUUCCUGUCUGAUUCAUUCAGUCUCUCACGUCGUAGAGGAACUUUGGCCCAGUCUUCUUUCCAACGUUUGCCUCUGAACAGCUGUCCCAACACAGCAUUUCUGUCAGGUGUAAAAUCUGGACUUUGACUGGGCCGUUGCAGCACCUUGUCUUUUUCAGGCAUUUUAUUGUAGAUUAGCUGCUGUGUUUGGGAUCACUGUCCUGCUGAUGACCCAGUUUGGACCAAGCUUCAGCUCUAGGGUCUGAUGUGAGCCUUUCCAAAACUAGCCCAAAUCAUCACCCUCCACUACCUUACUUGACAGUUGGGAUGAGGAGCUUUUGCUGACAUGUUACAUUUAGUGCCGUGUGUUAUCCCCUAGAAUCCUCAUCUUUGGUCUCCUCGUUGCAAUGUGCUGAAACAGUCUUGUUACAAAUCUUUUUAGAAAGGAGGUUUUCUCCUUCAGCCUGUGCCAAACAUACUUCUUUGAGGCCUGUAGAGUUCAAAUGAUGGAAGGACAGUUGGAAAAAGAACAGUUAGCCAGAUAAAUAAGAUCUCUGAACUUUGAAUGCAUUGACCUGGGUGAGAAGAUGAUUAAUGUCCACUCCUGGGGAAACUGGUUUCCAGUCAGAUUAAUGGGCCCCUUUUAGGUCACUGCUGAUGUAUUUCCGCCUUGACAUUGUGUUACACCUAAAUGCAGCAGAGCAGCAAACUGACAAUCGGUUAAUCAGUACACCUGGCUGCUGGUUUCCUUAAAUCCUAUAGGAGCAAGGGUGUACUUAUUUUUUCACUGUUUUGGUUUAUUUCUUGUUUAACAUAGACAUGCUGUGUUUUAUGUGUUGAAAUGUCUUUGAUUUCGGCUGCCUGUCUUUUAGUGUAAGAAGUUUCUUGGACUUGGUCUCCGUCUGAAUCUUCUCUUGGUUCUCUGCUCUGACGUGAGACGUUUUCUCUGCAGCUUCAGUCUAACCUCUAAAACCACUCAGACCUCAGACUCUUUCAGCUGCACUUUAAGUUCAUUCAUGUCCUACAUGGACUCCUGCACCUGUGCACGUAUCACAUCUACAUUCCCGCUCAGCUUGCCACCCUGUGGUUUUCUCCUCCUCGUCUUACUGUAAAAGUGGAUCAACUGGUGAAAAAGGAAAGACUUUUGUUCAUGCAAUCGAAAUGUAAUAUUUAUUUUCACCUCAGCAGCAGGUUUCCAGUCUGGAUCAAUUAGUUUUACUCUUAGGUCGUUAUAUGUAACUACCAGCUGUUUUUGUGUUGCACAAAUAAAGUUUUUCUUUUUGAA